GAAAUACAUUUAAACCAAACAGUUUCAUUUUGAAAUAUCAGUUUCAUGAACUUCUCCCUCGAGUUCAGAUCUCGUUUCGGAGAAACCAUGAAGUUAAUCGUGUUAACGUUCCUUCUAUUGGAAUUAACAUUAAUCCAAUCAUCACCAGUGACAAAAAAAGUCGAGAAAAGAACAGCAAUCGAGAGCAUAAAAGCCGACAGUCUAUCAAAAGCCGUGAAUCUAAAAGAAAGUUCUCUCAAAUUUGAAAAUAUCAAACCAUUGAUUCCUAAAGUAUUGACGAAUAUUGAAGCGAAAAAUAAAUCAAAAAUUGUCAAAAGAAACGAUUUAAAUCCAGUGGAGAAUAAUUCUGAAAAUGAUAAUUUAAAUCGUGAAAAAAAAUCAUGCUCUCUUUCCGGGUCAAAUCCAAGUAAAAUAUGUUUGGAAGUAAAUUGCGGUACACCUGAGAUGGUCGUCUGUCAGGAAGAUCGUCCACAGCUUAUUCAAGUAUCUCAGCCUGUAAUACCACCGCCACCACCACCUCAACAAUUGAUUCAAGUAUCUCAACCACCACCACAACCUCUUCCUACACAGAUAAUUCAAGUACCUCAACAAAGAGUACCUCCUCCUACACAGAUAAUUCAAGUUCCUCAACCACCACCACAACCUCUUCCUACACAGAUAAUUCAAGUACCUCAACAAAGAGUACCUCCUCCUCCGCAGAUAAUUCAAGUUCCUCAACAACCACCACAACCACCUCCACAAAUACAAGUUCAAGUUCCUCCACAGCUACCACCUCCUCCUCCGCAGAUAAUUCAAGUUCCUCAACAACCACCACAACCACCUCCACAAAUACAAGUUCAAGUUCCACAACAACCACCACCUCCUCCUCAAGUAAUUCAAGUACCUCAACAACCACCUCAACCUUCAUACGCCCAAUGUGUUUCUCUUCCAUCAUUACCUCCACCACAACAACAAGUAGUUUAUCUACCUCCACCUCCACCCCAGCCUCCUCCACAACAAUUCGUGGAAAUAUCUCAACCUCAAAUUCCCCCUAAUCCUUCUCCAAUUGUAUAUCAAUUGUCACAACCACCUCCUCCACCUUCAUCCUUUUGCAUUGAAACGUCAUCAACAGCCAAUAAUCCACAAUCAUAUCAAAUUCGACCUUACACACCUCAAACUCAAUCUCUAAGUUUUGCAUCGCCACAAAUUACGAGUCAACCAUCGGCAAUACAAAUUUUACCUCUCCAAACGCAAAAUAGUUAUGUACCAGCGAAGUCACUUAAUUUGUUUAGUUCACCAAAACUUCAACCUUUGAAUUUACAAGCAACCCCAGGAAUACAAUGGCAAAAUAAAUUAGCUGGUUUAACAGGAAAAUGUGCAUGUGCUGCUUCACCAUCACCAGUCCAUCAACUUCUCGCUUCCUCAUGGGGUAGUAGUUUAUUACCACAAGGUUUAAGACUUGCAAGAGGACCAGAAAGAUCUGCUGAUGCAGUUGAAACAACUGGACAAGUUGACAAUAAUAAUUUUCAAUCUAAAACUGCAUCUACCAAUCAACCAAAUUUCACUUCUCCUACAUCAACAUCGGCAUAAUUUUUAAAUGAUCGAGAAAAAAGUUUUUUUUUAUAUAUUUGUUGUCUGUUUUUGUUUUAUUACUAUAAAUCUGUAAAUAAUUAUUAUCUUAUUUCUUGUAUACGUUUAAAUUAAUUUAUAAUAAAUUAUAAUUUUCAAAUUAA